UAUAUUAAACAGUGGAUUUUUAAAACACGCGCUAUUUGCACAUUCCUAAUAUAAAUACUGUCCUGACUUUCGUGUAGUCUCAGCGUUCAGUAAAUGACUGCAGCUAAGCGAGCUAAGCGAGCUAAGCAAACUUCCAAAAUUUCUUUACAAAAUAAGUGAUUUUCACAAUACGCGACAUUGAUUUUCCUUGAAUUACAUAAAGCUUUAAUUUACGAUACUGCAUACAAUAAACAUUUAACGUAUUAAAUGAUUCAGUUAAUUAUUCAUCUACAUAGGGGUUGUUGAUAUCGUCAAUCGUGCAUGACAUUUAUCUUGUAGUCGUCAUCGUCCAAAAAUAUCGAACGAUUAGUCAAGUGCUUUACUACUACAGUGUGAUUGUGGGAAUCAAGUUUUUCAAUUUCACUCGAUUGCGUACGAAACAUCACCGGAAUGGAUAAAGCAAAAUCACUAAGCGAUAAUAAGUGUGAAUUACCACCACUUCGUGGUUUGAACGAUUUUCUUUUGGAAUCGUCACGUUUUCAGCUACCUAAUUUCAAAGAUUUGGAGAAAUGGAGCAACAGAGUAGUGAACAAUCUUGUAUAUUAUCAAACCAAUUAUCUCUAUAUGUGCAUUGUUAUUAUUCUUAUUGUAGCAUCAGUAAACCCAAUGAGAAUGAUUAUUGGCUUAUCGGCAAUGAUGGCAAUAUGGGUUGAAUGUAUCUAUUUAUUUAGCGAACAAGAAUCGUUGCUAAAGAUUAAGAGAUCGUAUCCACAAGUUGGAAUUAUUCUUACUGUUAUUUGUGGAGGUUUUAUUGUGUAUACUCUAAAUUCGGUUGUGUUUUUGUUAUUUAGUAUUCUUUUAUCAUUUUGUGUAACUUUUGUACAUGCAUCAUUGAGAUUAAGAAGUUUAAAAAAUAAGGUUGUUAACAAGUUAGAAGGAAUGGGAUUAGAACGUACACCAAUGGGAGCAAUUUUAAAUUAUUUCGAAGAUGUGACUGGUAUAGCCUUUCGCAAGCAGACAACUACUAUCCAAUCGCUUCAUUAACUAUCUAUUUUGUACAAAAAUUUAUAACUACAAUUGGUAAUGAAUGUAUAUAUAAUUAUUAAUUACUAUCGAAUUUUACUGAUAAUAGAAUACUUAUUCACCGAUACUUAUUCCAAAGCAUACAACUUUGUUUAUAUAUACGUUUAUCUGUUUUGCUAACUAAAUAAAAGAUCCAUAAGGAUGGAAAAAAGUUGUUUCUUUAUCUUAAUUCUAAGAACAAUAAAUUCAUGGUACGAUUUUGGUUGGAAAAUUUUUAUUUACCAUAUCACAUUUAAAAUUUUGUAAUCUUGGAAAAUAAAAGAAAUAUGGAACAAACAAAUGAAUUUUAAAUAAUAAACAGCACAACUAAGACGCGAUCUCACCUUCAAAACACACGAGCAACUUUUUUCCGUGCGUUCUCGUUAUAGAAUCGUAUAUCUGUCUUCGUUACUAACAAAAGAAAUACAUACGAUCACAGCAUAAUCGCAUCGAUAAGAGAAAAAAACCGUAUUUAUGAAAAUUAUUUGGUAAUCAAUUCUAAAAUUGCAAGAGAAUAUAAGAGCAUUUUUUAUCGUGAUCUAUCAUCCUUUUAUCUAUAUAUGGAAUUUUGUUAUUUCUAUUUGUAUAAAAGUAAAUCGAGUUAAAUUCCUUUUUAUUAUAAAUUCCACUUCUUUGUUCAGGAUUUCUUGAAAAUUGGUAUAUAAUGUAAUAGUAAUAAUAAUAAUAAUAAUAAUAA